GUUAAUACUUAAGUUCUAAACAAUACAUCCACGUACCUUUCUUCACAGUUCAUUUAACAAUCACACUACUUUGUGUUCGCUUUUACUAAAUAUGUUCCUGAGUGUAUUAGUAUUAGGUGUUAUUUUUAUCUCUUCUGCGCAAUCGAAAGCAAUUUAUCCACAGAAUGUAAUAACGGUACCACCAAAUUGUCCAAUAGGACAAGAACUUAUCAAUGGCGAAUGUAGAGACAUUUGGAAAGGUGGCUCUGUAACAUCAGCGCCAUCAUUACAAAUGUACGAUAGCAGAAAUAUGGUGACCGUACCAACGAACUGUCCUCCAGGACAAGUAUUGAUAAAUGGAGUAUGCCGCGAUAUAUGGAGAAAUGGAGCUUUAACUGAAUCGAAGCUUGCUGAAAUAUUUUUAAAAGAACUAUGGACACGACUGUCUCACAAUCGAAACCCAAGGCAGACAGAAGAAAGUGAAGCAAAAGACUUAUCUGAAGAUAACUUGACAGGGAAAAAUAUAAUAAGCAUUCCGAAUCAAUGUCCACAAGGGUACAAACCUGAUGCACUUGGUAUUUGUCGCAAAAUUUUUUAAUGUAACAAUUUAUCAAAAUAUCAAUAACAAUGGUUUCAGGCAGAUAUAAAAUUCUUAGUAAAAAUAUUUUUCGCUAAU